AUUAGUGGCAUCUUAAUAUAUUGGAGUAUUUCAGGACAUGAUGGGAGUUCUUUUUUGUGACAGAAUUUUGAAGAAUUUUCCAUCUGAUAUCUAGAGGAAAAUGGCCAGUGCAACAACUAAAGUCCGAUUAGUUCUAUGUCCCAGAUGUCGAAAGGUUCUCCCUGAGGUGCCUGAACUUGCAGUGUAUAUGUGUGGUGGAUGUGGUGCAGUCCUUCAAGCUAAAAAUCGCAAAAAUGGAAGCUCUGGAUCACUUGAAAAGAGUAUUCAGAAGAACCAAUUGGAGCAUGAUUCUGAAGACGUAAAAUCACCCAGCUCAGGUCAAAUAGAAAACCAUUGUGACACAAAAGAAUGUUCAUCAUAUCUGAAUGCGAAAGAGCAACUUAAAUCUACGGAUUGCAGUAUCGAGGCAUCUGGAAGCAGCAAUUUCUUGAGUGAAGUUUCUUUGGGCGAGUCAGAAUGUUUGUCAGAUCUGAAUGCAGAGGAGCAAUUGGAACAUGAUUCUGAGGAUGUAAAGUCAACAAGAUCGGGUCAAACAGAAAACCAUCGCGACAAAAAAGAGUGUUCAUCAAAUUUGAAUGUGAAAGAGCAACUUGAAUCUACGGGUUGCAGGAUCGAGCCAUCUGGAAGCAGGAAUUUCUUGAGUGGAGUUUCUUCGGGUGAGUUAGAAUGUUCAUCGGAUCUGAAUGCAGAAGAGCAAUGGGAGAACCAAUUGGAGCAUGAUUCUGAAGAUGUAAAGUCAACUAGCUCGGGUCAAAUAGAAAACCAUCGUGACACAAAAGAGUGUUCAUCGAAUCUGAAAGCAAAAGAGCAAAUUGAAUCUGCAAAUUGCAGUAUUGAGCCAUCUGGAAGCAGGAACUUCUUGAGUGCUGUUUCUUCAGGUGAUUCAGACUGUUUGUCAGGUCUAAAUGCAGAAGAGAAAAUUAAAUCUACAGAUUGUAAUAUUGAGCCGUCAAGAAGUAGGAACUUCCUAGAUGGAGUUUCUUCAAGUGAUUCAUUGGAUCUUGAUAGUGAGAAACAGCAAAUUGAAUCUAUAGAUUGUAGCAUCAAGCAAACUGGAAGUAGAAGUUUCUUAAAAGAAGUUGCUUCAAGUGAUCUUAGUGAUCAUGGAAGGGAAGAAAAGUCAUCUGAAGCUGGAUGGAAUACACAAGCAGAUGAAAGUGAUGAAAGUCAAAGUCUUGAUGGCCAACUGUCUUCUAGGGGAAGGAGCUCAUCCUUUACAGCUCAGAGACUAUCUGAUGAGAGCAACAUCAAGAAAAUGAGUUUCACACCUACAAAUAAACAGUUGCAGCAAUCUCAUGGGAUUUCUUACCAUGACUCCGACCAUACAAGGUCAAUAGGUAUAGAUGAGGCUUCAAGAACUAUUGACAAUGGGAACAUUUCAGAGGAGCUCGGUGGUACACCUAGAAAUAUUUCAAAAUCUUCAACAGCCAGAAGCUCUCAUGCUUAUGAUGCUAGUGUUUCUUCUUGUGAUGGAUGGGAUGACCAGGUCACUGAGCAGCCUCCAAACCUACCUAAAAGAUCUUGGCUCAACUCCCAAGUGGUUAGUGACUUUGCUUCUAAGAAGGAGAGACCAAGAAUGGAUGAUGGGGUGGUGUAUAAGAAGAUAAUUAAAGAUCCAGAAUUGCAACAUCAACUGAGAAAAUUCUUCUCAAUGUCAUCAGAUGAGAAGCAUGGUCUGGCUGCCAUGGAUGGUCUGAAGUGGGAAGGAUCCAGAAUCCAAGCACAGGGGGGGCAAGUGGGCUCACCAGAUUCUGAUGGUCUCCAUCCCAUAAAGAAUUGGAUGAGUUCCAUAAGUGAUGAAUUUUGGUCUAGGGAGCCAUCCCAAAGGGGUUUCCCCACUGUCUAUGAGAAUGGCAGCCCUUCAAACUAUGGGCAUGAAGAGUUUUUGUCCAGGACAAGUGCACACAAUUCUAGCAAACUUGACUACUCUGAACAAAUGGAAUUAUUAAGAAAGGUGGAUGAAUUGAGAGAUCAACUUAGUAGAUUAUACAACCAGAGAGGAAUGGAAAAUGGAAGGUUUCCCACCGGAGGCACUCAGCAGGAAAAGCUGCAACCACUGUAUUAUAGGUAUGGACAACCUGACCCCGAAGUUCCACAUUGGUAUGAUGCAAACCAUCAUAUGCAUCCUCAUGUGCCAUUCAGGACAAGAAAAAACGGGUGCCAAAAAUGUGAAUUUUCACAAAUGCAUUUCUCAGGACAGGUUACAACUUGUAUAAACCAUGUUGAUUAUUCUUCUGAUCAUUGUUGCCCAGACGACUGGCAAUGUCAGACCCAGUUUCCACCCUCCAGCACUUGCUGUAGCAAAGGGCCAUCCAGAGGCCAUUCUGGUCAAAUGUUCUAUGGACCUUAUAGUUCCAGUUCUUCCACUCAGCCGAAGUAUAUGGAUCCUUAUUUCUCCCUACAAGGUUGCCAGAUGCAUUCCCAAGACCAGGGGCAUAUGGUCCAUGAUGUGCAAAAAAUAUACUAUCAGAAUAGACAUCAGCCUGUUAAGCGACAUUGCAGGCCCAUUGCAGGUGGAGCCCCUUUUAUUAUGUGCUAUAGGUGCUAUAAACUAUUGCAGCUUCCUGAAGAUUUUAUCUCGCAAAAGAGGAUACUUCGGCUACAGUGUAGUGCCUGUUCACAGGUACUUAAGUUUUCACUUCAGAACAGAACUCAUAUCAUUCCUUAUUACCCAAACCCAGUGGUGCCUCCGCCAAGUGAGGUUGACAACAGUGACUAUCCACAAGGGGACCCAGUGUCAUAUUCUGAAGAUUGUGGACCCUCAAUGCCUUCAAGCAGUUAUUCGGAAGCAAACAUAACGAGCAAGAAUAAGCGAGCCUGGAAACAAUCUGGAAACAAUUGUAUGACUUCCAUAGCAGCAUCUGAAUCAGCCAGUGCAUCCUUGAAUGUGGCCAGACUGGAAAGUUCAUCCGUGGAAGGAGAAGUGGCACCACGAUCAUCUAGUUCAGCACUCCAUCGGCUUAUGGGUUAUUCUUCCCCUAGCAAAAUCAUACAUGGAUAGAGUGCUGCUGCAUAUUCUUGUAGUGAUCCAGAAACAAACAUGCCAACAUGGGAGUGAGGGAUGAGAGGAGUUUGCCACGGCACCUGGAGCCUCCAAAUUUGGAAAUUGUCGGACUGCCUCUUGGUUUAUCUGAAGUCCAUUGAGAAAUGGAAGGGCCAGAAGUUGUGGUUCCCUUGUAUAUAGAGGCCUAAUUUAUUUUGUUUCUAUUGAUUGUGUCCAUCUGUUUUUUUUU